AUGACGUCGUGCCACUUUGAUCUUGAGUCAAGCACUUACGAAAUACCGAAGGUGGAAAUAGUCGACGAGCAUGGUGCCACAGCCGGUGACAAGUUCUAUAAAGCAGGCAGCACAAUAGAGCUGAAGUGUGUAGUCAGCAAUAUACCGCAACCUACGGGCUACGUCACGUGGCGACAUGGAUCUCGUACGUUGAAUUACGACACAAUUCGCGGUGGCAUCAGCGUCAAGACGGACAUGGGUUCAGCCGGUGCAGUAUCUAAACUCUACAUUGCAAACGCAAAUAAAAAAGAUAGCGGAAAUUACAGCUGUGCCCUGGCGGAUGUAGCGGCAGCCACCAUAGUGUCCGUCCACGUGCUAAACGGAGAGAAUCCAGCUGCCAUGCAACACGGCGGUACCUCGGCCCCCCGGGCGACCUUUAUCUUCACCGUUGUGAUAUCACUAUCGUCGCUCUUAAGGUGA